GCGUGUGCGCAGCUGCCGCCGCUGCGUGGGGCCGCAGAUGGAGCCUCCCCCCGGCGCCGCAGAAAAUUCUAAGCUGAGACAUGUAGAAAAAGAUGUUUUGAUUCCACAAAUAAUGAGGGAUCGAGCCAAGGAGCUGUGUUCAGAUAAGGUGCAAGCAUUUACCAAGUGCUGUCAAGAAACUGGUAUUCUGAUGGUGGUGAAGUGUCGGCAGGAGAACACAGCACUGAAGGAUUGUCUGGUUGGCUACUAUUCUGAUCCAUCAUUCUACGAAGAAUGCAAAGCAGAAUAUUUGAAGCAAAGAGAAGAAUACAGAGCAACUGGAAUUAAGAAAAAAAGACAGAAGUUUACUCCAAAUGUGUGAUUAAAACUUAAAAUGAACUUUUUUUAUAUGCAAUUUAGAUUUCACUUGAUUUAAACAGACUUAAAUUGUCUGUACCACUCUGUGUGGAGUUUAACUGAAAUAUACAAAAUGAGAUGAAUGGAGAAUAAAAUAAUGUUUGAAAUUAAGAGUCAAUUUAAAAAAUGUUCAUAAUUAAAGAUCUAGAGCAUGCUGUGAGAGGUUGCAA